AUGUCUCUGCUCCCAGUUCUCCCAGGUCCUCGCCGCAUCGUAACUUCGCAUGAUAGCGAAGGGAAAGCCGUGGUUUCUGUGGAUGAAACAGUUCCUUCAUCGGUGUUGAUGGAAGGCUUGAAUGGCCUUCGAACGGGCACAUUCUGGGCUUCUACUGAUGGUCUACCAACGAAUGAUAACAACUGUUCGGAGGACGGUGGAGCCCGCCAAGUGGGCGACCUUGGAUUAAUUGCAAGUAACACGACCAACUUCAAGUACACUGACAUUGGUCCUGGAGUUAGCACUCCGAUGCAUCGGACACCCUCCAUCGACUAUAACAUCUUGAGUACGUAUAUGUUUCGCCGUGCGAUGGCAUAG